CAUUAAUAUUGUGAAAUAUUUAUUGGAGCAGCUGCAGAAGACCUAUAAUCAAUUAACGGAUGAAAAUGAAAUUUGUAUUAUAAGAAAGUAUGGCAAAUACGGAAAACGUUACACGGUUGGAUUAACAUUGUUUGUCAUAUUAAUUAUACCCAUUCCACUUUUGUAUCCAUUCUGGCUGUACUUUCUCGAUACUCCAGUAACUAUAAAUGACUCUCGACCACGUUUUUUGCUUCCACAUAGUACUGAAUACUUUGUCGAUCAAAAAAAAUAUUUCUAUUGGAUUUUAUUGCAUGCAAACGUAGCUUUACUAAUAGGAAUAGUUACAAUAUUAGCGUCGGGAACUAUACUUAUAGUCUAUCAACAAUAUGCCUGCGGAAUGUUUCGAAUCGCCAGUUAUCGUAUCGAACAAUCAGUGGCAGUCAAUAUUUCACAAAAGGGCAGUCUACGAAACAGAAAUUUGAUUUACAAGGAAUUGAUUCGUGCCGUGAAUAUGCAUCGCGAAGCCAUGAGAUUCUCAGACUCAUCCAUAUCCAGAUUUAAAGUAAUGUUUUCUUUUAUGAUAGCAGUCGGAGUGAUUAGUGCAAGUCUCAAUCUUUAUCGAAUUUCUCAGAUACUAUCAUUCGGAUAUGAUGUCAAGAAACUUUUAUUUCCUUUAAUGCGUGUGAUAAUUUUCCCGUUCUACAUGUUUAUAGGAAAUUAUGUUGCGCAAAAAAUUAUAGAUCAUAAUAAUGUUGUGUUUGCCACUACAUAUAAUAUUCGGUGGUAUGCAACUUCUUUAAACGUACAAAAGAUGAUUCUAUUCCUAUUACAAAGAAGUACCAAGGUUUUUUCUUUAAAUAUUGCUGGAUUAUUUGUGGGAUCAUUAGAGGGUGCAGCUACGUUGUCGAGUAGCGCAAUAUCAUACUUCACCGUUCUUCACUCGAUGCAGACUUGAUAUAAGAUGUAUUAGUUAUGAAUUGAAUUGAAUUAAAAUAGUCAAAAUAACUAGUUGUUCAUCACAAAUGAUAUUAUUUAUUAUUCACAAAAUACUAGUGGAUCGAUAAAUGAAACUGUAAUCUAAGUAUCUAAUUGUUAAGGAAAUAAAAAAGCAUAUAAAACA